CCAAAAUGGCGUCCAACUUCAACCAAACCGCAACAGAAAAUACUAAAAAAAGAUAUUUCGUAUUCACUCUUACAUGUUUUAGAUUAUUUUAGGAGGAAGAGAGAUAGAUUGAUAGUGUUCGUGAGUUUGUGUAGAUGUAUUUUGCUAAAUGGUUGAGAGACGGUCAAGUGGGAAGUUUUCCAAACAGUUUUCAUCUCGUGAAACAUCAUCACCUGUUAGUGAGUUUGAUGAAGAUAAACUACAUUUGGAGGGAAAAUAUCUGGAUAAUGGGUUAGAAAUAAGGCCUCCUAGUGGYACUAAUCACCAGCAACCUGGGUCACAUUUGAGCAUUGAUACAAGGCUUUCAGAGCUCAGUCUAGUUGAUGACUACAACGAGGUCAGCAAUGGGGUGUUCUCUGAACCCUGUUCGUUUAGUGCUUCAAGCAAGAACAAACACAGAGUGCAAGUAAACAAGCCUAAUUGCUACAUAUCCUCACCUUUUAAACAAGGAUACCAAGUCCCAGCUAGGAAGGGUCCAUUUAAGGUUGUUGAUCCAAGUUAUGAACUCAAGAAUGUAACCCAAGAAAGUAUUGCAAGAGUUAGACAGCAGUUCAGAAAACCAAAGCCACCCUCACAACCAUCUCACUAUACUCAGAGACUGAGGAAAGCUAGGCUGAAGACCACAGGUAGACCAUUCAGUGGAUCAGGUCCAUGCAUCCAGCAGUGCAAGGGAAUUCAGUCAGGUGUAAGAGUGACACACAACUCAGGUCAAACUGGUUUAUACUCCAAUGAAGUCUACUCACGUAUGGGAUCCCCAUUCCUAAGACCAGGCAGUCCUACAGAACUCUUAAGACCAGAAAGCUCUAUUCACUGUCCAUCAAGGGCUUCAACUAAAAAUACAUCUCAAGAGGAUAGUAUGUCUGAGUACAGUUUUGAUGCUGACGGUGCUAGUGUUGAUAGCUGGGUUAAUGCAUACUCAAACUUUGAGAGGAAAGGUUGCCUUAGUCGUGGUGAAGUUCAUGGCAAAGAACAUGUGAGAGACCAAGACAUUGUUAAUUCACAAUGUGGCAAUGUGCAGAAAAAAGAACUUGAAAUCCUUAAACAUGAUGUUGUGGAAGGAAAUCCUUCCAAAUUGUCAGAAGAGGAACGAUUUUCAAAAAGACUUGAAGAAUUGCAUACACAAAACCAAAAAGAAUCAAUUGUUUUAAAAGAGAAUAAAGAAAAUGAUAAAAAAUACAGAACUCAAACUAAUGAUGGCUGUAAGCCAUUUCAUGAUAAUGUUGAUAAUGGUGAUACGGACGAUGAUGAAGAAGACAAUCAAAGAAAACCUCAACCUUUGCUAUCUAGUUACCAUAGCAACAGGUUGGGUAAUGGACAAAAUGUUACUUCGGAUUUGAAUCGUAACAUCCAAGGAACAAAAGAACACAAAACUAAGACAUCUGAAAACCGAUCAACAAACUGCACUAAUACUGAGUCACAUUCUUCUAUUGAGGAUGAUGCUCAACCCAAUGGYUCAAGGACUGAGAAUGGUAUAGAAAAUGAAGCGGUUAGAAUAGAAUCAUCUACAAGUAUUUGUUCACCCAUCAUAACUGUACAUGUCAGGAAAAGAGAGACUAUAGAAGAAACAGCCAAUGAUAACGAUAAUUUCUUGAAGAAUCUUCCUCAGAACAAUGUGGACAAUAAUGCUGCUGGUGAUGCGGAUAUUGGAACUUCUAAUCCAUAUCAUAAUAGUGUUGAUGAUGAAAUUCAUGGCCUGGUUGAUGAUGAUGAUAAUGAUGACUUAGAUACAGAUCGAUUACCUUCAGCACAAAUAUGGAAAAAUCUCGACCAAUUAAAUUUGAGCAUGAACGCGCACCACAAUAUAUUUGAAUCCAAAAAUCAUCUUGACUUCUCCUUGAAAGCGCGGAAAGUACAAUCCGCUGGAACACAGAGAAAACCACUUAAUCUGAACACUAGCCAGCAAUACUCUAACUCUAACAAAACAAAGGAAAGGUCUAAAGCAUCUUCCGCUAAACUGAAAAGCAAAAAUGAUUCUAAGACAUUGAUGGAUAAAGCUGAGUUAUUGCGCAAGUAUUUGUCUGAGGAGAGCAGAAGAUUUUCUGCGGAUUUGCGGUCAAAACUGCCUGGGUAUUUUAUGGAACAGUUUGACAUCAUACAACAAGGAAAGCUUGGAAAUACGUCUUUGGAAUCGGAUGAUGUUCAAGAGAUGUUAGAAAAAGCGAUAGUAAAGUUUCAAGGAGAAAAAAUGGAAUCUAAUUACAGUACGGAAGAAAAUAUAAAAAGUGAAUUGAAUAGGAACGAAAAUGACAGGGAUAGCGCGCUUUGGGAAUGCAAAGAUUUUCAGGUGGAUCAAGUAGUCGAGCCAUUUAGUGAUCCUACAUCUUUUGGGGUGUUCUUUACAAUGGAUUCAACAAGUACGGACAUGGAAUCCAUGUCGGGAAGAACAGAAGAGACGACAGGAGAUCACAGUGAAAGCAGGGAGUUUAGUGAUGAUACGGGUUUUGAAACUAUGCCCGGUAGUACGGGAGUACACGAUAAACCGAACUCAUACGAUGGUUUUAGUGAUGAUGAGAAAUCACCAUUCAAGGCAGCUGAUUGCAGACAACAACAAACGAUCUCUGAUACACAAGAAAACCUUGAGGUCAUAGCCAAAGCUAAACAUCUGACUGAUCCGAGUUCAUCAAACAAGAAUCAUCUACCAGCUCCACAUGAACCUUUGAAGUUUUACAUCAACGCUAAACCUCCCGCGGGAUGCCUGUUUUACUUCGCGUAUGGUGUCGAUAUGAACAUUAAAAGGAUGUCUAUCUAUCUACGUCGAGAGCAUAAACGAAGAUGGGGGGUACUCUUUGGAUUUAGACUUUGCUUCAAUAAGAAGGGUUCAUCAUCUGACGCCGGUGGAUUUGCGAACAUAGAGUUCAGUCCCGGUAGUUCAGUAGAAGGCUGUGUCUACACACUAACAGAUGCAGAGUUAUCCAUAUUAGAUAACUGUAUGGGAUAUCCCAAGCAUUACACGCGGGCUGUUUUACCUGUGUGGAUGUGUAAUUCCUACCAGCCCUCCCUCCACGGGGUCGCCCAAUACUGUGUGCCCGCGGUACUUUACAUUGCUGAACAACAAUGGGUUCAACCAGAUGCURCUGGCGCCCUCGAUAAUAGCUACAGUGUAAGUCAGUGUCUAAAGGCAACAGAUAUAUUAACACCAAGUUAUAUGGAAUACUUAAGUCACCUUACAACCUCUGGAAACUAACUUCGACUGAGUUCUUGCAGUGUUAGGAGC